AUGACGAGCGUUAGUGAAAACAUGGAGGUCCAGAAUGAGGAUUCCCAGAUGUCAAAAUGUUCAGAUUCCACACCCGUGAUUUCUACCACCUCAGCUUCCGAGGCUGCCACAUCUGAGUUGUUUACUGGGGAAAUGAGUGGAGAGGAACACACCUUUGACUGGUGUGAUGAAGAUAAUGAUAACACAAUGGAGACCAUAAACAAAAAUGAGCCAGAGAUUGAAGUCACCGAUGACCGACCAUUCUGGGCCAAUAAAAUUGAGUACCUCCUGGCCCAGAUGGGCUACUCUGUUGGGCUGAGCACCAUCUGGCGCUUUCCUUAUCUGUGUUUUCACAACGGAGGUGGGAGUUUUCUCAUCAUCUACAUCAUUAUGCUGUUCUUUGUCGGGGUUCCUCUCCUCUUGCUGGAGAUGGCAGCUGGUCAGAGGAUCCAUCAGGGCAGCAUUGGUGUGUGGAAGGUCUUCAGUCCCUGGAUUGGUGGUGUGGGGUAUAGCAGCUUCAUGGUGUGCUUCAUCGUGGGCUUGUACUAUAGUGUGCUCAUCACUUGGAAUCUCUACUAUUUGAUUCAGUCUUUCCAGUCUCCACUGCCUUGGGCAUUGUGCCCCUUACUGAGGAACUCCAGUGAUUUUGAUCCUGAAUGUACACGGACAACACCCACCGUAUACUUCUGGUACCGGCAUGUAUUGAAGGCCACAGAUGAAAUUGAGAUAGGUGGGCUGCCAGUCUUUCAUCUCAGUCUCUCCCUCUGUGUGACCUGGUUCAUCAUCUGCAUCUCCAUAAUCAAAGGGCUCAAGUCCACUGGGAAGAUGCUGUAUGUCUCAGUCCUCCUUCCCUACAUCAUCCUUUUUUGUGUCUUUACCCGGAGUCUCAUGCUGCAAGGAGCAGAUUUUGGUCUCAAGAGUUUGUUGGCUACCGAGGUGUCUGCCCUCUACUCUUUGGAAGUGUGGCGCCGGACAGGAAACCACCUCUUUUUGUCCAUGGGCUCCGGCUUUGGCAGCUUCACUGCAAUCAGUUCAUACGCCCCUCGGUCCAACAACUGCAUCAUGGAUGCUUUUGCUGUGGCCCUGCUCAACCUGGUUACCUCAGUGACUGCCUCGAUGUUUGUAUUUGCCAUAAUGGGCCACUUGGCCACACUGAACAAUGAAAAAUGUUACCUGAAGAAUGCUGAGACAGUGAAGAAUCUGGUCACUACUGGUGUGCUGUCUUCUGACCUUCGGCUCCCAGAGAGUCUGUAUCAGCACAUGAGCUACAGCUACCCGACAUGGUUUGGCAACCUCCCUGCAGGGGCCAAAAGCAUGGUCCGACCCUAUUUGUCCAAUUGUGACUUAGCUGAACAAUUCAAAGAGGUUAUGAAGGGGCCAGGCGUGGCCAUUGUGGCAUUUACCGAUAUUGUCUUUUCGUUUUCUGGAUCCACCUUCUGGGCCAUCAUCAUCUUCGUGUUUCUGGUGACCAUGGGGCUGAGCACCAUGCUAGGGAUCAUGCAGGGCAUCAUUACCGCUCUCCAGGACACCUUUCCUUCUUCUAGGAAACACACGAAGCUGCUCACAGUGAGUGUCUGUGUGCCUAUGUUCCUGGGCAGCCUCAUUUUUGUGAAGCCCUCGGGCAGCUACUACGUGAACAUGCUGGAUGAUCGCUGGGCAUCUCUACCCCUCUUCUUCAUUCUCAUCUUGGAGAACAUGUCCAUGGCCUGGAUCUAUGGGGCCAGGAGGUUCCUUGCAGACUUGAUUAUCACCUUGGGUCACCCCAUCUCCCCCAUCUAUCGCUGGCUGUGGUGCUUUGUAUCUCCGUUUGUGCUGCUGAUCCUGUUUGUAAGCACCAUAAUUAAUCUACAUCUGCAUCCCAUCACUUACCUGGCCUGGAACUCAAGCAUUUCAGAUGAAAUUACCCUAAGUUAUCCAUCAUGGGCUAAAGUCUUGCUCGUAUUGCUCAUUGUCGUUACCAUCUUGCCCAUCCCUGCCUACUUCCUGUACACCCUCUUGAAAGUGAGUUUCCCAGCCUCCAAGAAGAACAGCAGUGCCACAGUUAUCUUUAAACACGAAGCUAAAGUGGAGAAACCGAUACCCCGUCCACGGCUUCAUGUGGGACAAAACCAAAAGAAGAUGAAUAAAAAUAGAUAA